AGGUAUCAGUUCAUAUUUAAAAUUCGAAUAAAACGUUUAUAAUCUAUUAAUAGUUAAAUGAUUAAGAUGCGCACAUUUCUCUUAGUAACUUUCAUUUGUGUUUUUUUCGUAGCUGUCACUUACUGUGCCUCCAAUAUUGAUUUGGAUGAAUAUAAUGUUGACUUGAAUGAAAAUCAAAUACGUGAAAAACGUCAAUUUGGAGGAGGAUUUAGACCUGGCGGUUAUGGCGGCUUUGGUGGAGGUUUUAGACCUGGUGGUUAUGGUGGCUUCGGAGGUAGACCAGGUUAUGGUGGAUAUGGAGGCUUCAGACCAGGUGGUUAUGGAGGAUAUGGUGGUUAUGGCGGUAGACCAAGUGGUUGGUAUCCUGGCUUAGGUGCCCGCGGUUAAAAAUUUUGUUGUGAUUAUACUGGAUAUUUACAUUAAUUUAUUUUGUAAUUUAAUUUAUUUUCUUUUAAUAUACAAAAUAUUAUUUAAAA